AGAAUGCAAAAAUGUUUCUAGUUAACUUCCAAGAAUCUUGGCUUUCUAAGUUUAAGCUUCAAGUAAAGAAUUGCAUAUUGACACAUGCACUUAAGGUUUCUUAUAAAUAGUAGUAGGUUUAAAUAGAAACUCUCAAACAUUUUUCACUAAACCAUGAGGACCUCCUCCUAUUCUUUCCUAUUUCUCACAAUUCUUCAUGUUCUUUUGCCUAGUCUGAUCACUAACCACCACCACUCCGCGGCAGCGCUGCCACUCUCCACCGAUACCCGAUGGAUAGUUAACGAGUCCGGCCAACGAGUCAAGCUGUCAUGCGUAAACUGGGUGACUCAUCUGGAGACCAUGCUAGCAGAAGGCCUUAGCAAGCAACCAGUAGAUGUAAUUUCGAAGCAAAUAGUAAGCACGGGAUUUAAUUGUGUUCGGCUUACUUGGCCUCUUUUUCUGUUCACGAACGACUCGUUAGCGAAUUUAACGGUCCGAAAAUCGUUUCGGAGUCUCGGAUUAUUGGAAUCGGUUGCGGGGAUUCAAGCGAAUAAUCCGAAGAUUAUUGAUCUUCCUCUGAUCGAUGCUUACCAGGCAGUGGUGUCUAAUCUUGACAGUAACAAUGUGAUGAUAAUUUUGGACAAUCAUAUAAGCAAGCCAGGUUGGUGUUGCAGUGAUUUUGACGGCAAUGGCUUCUUUGGAGAUGUCUACUUUAAGCCUGAAAUGUGGAUUAAGGGCUUAAUUAAAGUGGCGACGAUGUUUAAUUCAACUAAAAAUGUGGUUGGCAUGAGCUUAAGGAAUGAACUUCGGGGUCCUAGACAAAAUUGGAAUGAUUGGUACAGAUACGUGCAACAAGGCGCGGAAGCUGUGCACUCGGCUAAUCCAAAUCUUCUUGUGAUUGUUUCGGGGUUGAGUUACGACCGGGAUCUUUCUUCUCUUCUGAAGAAACCAUUGAACUUGACAUUCACCGGGAAAGUAGUGUUUGAAGCGCACUGGUACUCGUUCUCAGACGGGUCAGCUUGGAUCGAUGGCAACCCGAACCAGGUGUGCGGACGAGCUGUGAAGUACAUGAUGGAGAAAGCAGGAGGGUUCUUGCUGGCUCAAGGAUACCCUUUGUUUGUGAGUGAGUUUGGAAUAGACCAGAGGGGAACUAAUGAUAAUGACAAUAGGUACUUCAAUUGUUUCUUGGGAUGGGCUGCUGAAAAUGACUUGGAUUCUGCAUUGUGGACACUUGGUGGGAGUUACUAUUUGAGGGAAGGUGUGGUUGGAUUAGAAGAGUUUUAUGGAAUGUAUGAUUGGAACUGGGGCAAGAUUCGAAACCCUAGCUUCUUGCAGAGAAUUGCAGCACUCCAGUCCCCACUUCAAGGUCCUGGUGUGUCGAACAGUCGUCCUCAUAAGAUAAUUUACCAUCCAGCAACAGGGCUUUGUGUCCUCCGGAAAUCCCUGUUUGAGCCAUUGAAGCUUGGUCCGUGCUCCAUGUCUGAGUCCUGGGAAUAUAGUGCUAGAAACGUGUUAACGAUCAAGGGAACUUACUUCUGCCUGCAGGCUGACAAGUUGGGGAAGCCGGCAACACUGAGUAUUUUUUGCAACGGGGAGAACACAAAAUGGGAAGCUGUUUCGGACUCGAAGAUGCACUUGGCUUCCAAGCUUAACAAUGGCAGUGUUGUGUGCCUGGAUGUCAGCUCUGAUAACUCUGUCAUCACAAGCACCUGCAAGUGUCAGGGCAGAGACAAAAACUGCGAUCCUGGAAAACAAUGGUUCAAAAUUGUUAACAGCACACGUGAUGCAACCGCUACCAAUAGUCUGCUUGCCAUUAAAGAGGCAACCAAUUUGCUAAAAGAAGUUAUGCUAACAAGUUUCUGAACAUAAGUAUGGGAACAUUAACUUGACCAGGAACAAGUUAGCCGAUUUAUAAAAUGUGACAAGAAACCAACAGGAACAUAAUAUACAGAGUCUACAGAGGAGGGCUGUCAAAGUUGAAGAUAGGUUGCUUGCACUAUUAUGUUUGCUAGGCAAAGCUCACUAUAUAUACUGACAAAAUUAAACUUACUUAUAUUUAUAGCUAAAUUUAUUU